AUGGAUAAGAAAUCUGUAAAUGAAGAGGGCAAUGAACACGAUAAACCACCGUAUUCGUAUGUGGCAUUGAUAACGAUGGCUAUAAACGAUUCACCAGAACGACGAAUGACACUGUCGCAAAUCUAUAAUUACAUCGAUGCUCGAUUCCCUUACUAUCGUAACUGUGAUUCAAAACGGCGGCAAGGCUGGCAAAAUAGCAUAAGACAUAAUCUAUCGUUGAAUGAUUGCUUUAUAAAGCGAGCUCGAGACGGCAUCGGACCGGCCAGCGAUCGAAAAGGCAACUUUUGGACGCUCUCACCGGAUUCAGAAAAUAUGUUCGACAAUGGCAACUAUAAAAGAAGGUUAGUCGUGAUUGCUAACUGA